AUGAGGAAGGAGGAGGACGAGCAAGCGCUGCAGAGGAGUUGGGAUGUGGUCGCAGGAAGCGUCGCAUACGUCGAGGACAUCAUGCAGCAAGUUGAGAUGUCUCUACUCCGCAUGCAGAAGAUGCACGAGGAGGAGCUGAACGCCCUGCUGAACCGGUUUGAAGGGAAGAUCGCGUCCUUGGAGGACGUGGCGGACACGAGGCUGGUGGUGGAGGUGGAGGCGGAGCUUAGGAGGGAGAGGGAGAUGCAUCGCAAGGAGUUGGAGCAGGUGUACUUGGAGGUGUCGAACCUGAAGGAGGAACGCUCGAGGCUCCUCAGAAGAAUAGAAGGGAUGGAGAGCGAGAAGCUGCGAAGCGAGCUGGGCCAUGGCAGGUCGCAGGACUCUCUGUCGUCUGCUUCACGGUUCCAUACGAGCUCCUCCCACCUGCCUCCUGGGCGUGAGCCUUCGGAGCGCAUCCAGACCUUGGAGAAGAGCAUCUCGGAGAUGAUGAGGAGCCUGGAGGAGAAGGACCAGGAGAUCCGCUUGCUGUCCCGCGGUGACAGUCAUGAGCGUCAGAGGGCGAAGAUGUCGGAGGUGAAAGAGUUGAGGGGGAAAGGGAAGCGGGCUGGUGAAGAAGAGAAGAUUUUGCUGGAUUUUGAGCAGAUGAAGAAGAGCAACGCGGAUCUCAACAUGCUCGUCCAGGGUUACAAGGAGAAAGUGAAGAAGAUGGAGAAGAUGCUCGAGGACGAAAGGAGCAAAUCUCAGGUUGAUUCUUCCUCCAACUUUGGCCUUCGCUCCGUCCUGGAACUUGAAGUUGAAAACACGGCGUUGAAGCAGCUCCUGCGAGAGAACGAGGAGCACCGAUCGAAGGGAGACGAGGAGGAGGUCAAGAAGCUGCGAGAGGCAAACUUGUCGCUGCAGGAGACUCUUGCGAACCUGCAGGAGGAGUUCAUGAGUCUCCGCACGCAGCAUGACGCUCUCCUCGCUGCUCCCGUCGGCUCCGCUUCUGCUCAGGGCCAGGCCAGACCGCAAGAUCUCAUCGGCAUUGCGAGAUGGAGUAGCGGAGGAGCUGAAGAGAGGUUGAAGGAUGUGAGAGAAAGCGACAAGCUCCCCAGGUCUCCAGCGAUUGGUGGUGCUCUAUCGUCAUCGUCGUCGACCAUCACGUCGUCAAAGAGGAACUUGGUCGGGCUGAUCGUGUGA